GCUCGCUGGCUCGUGCAAACAUCUCAGCAGCUUGCAUAAGAGAAAAGAAAACACAUUGAGUAGAAAUCGGUGUAAAAACUGAACUAGAAGCAAAUGAAAGAAGUAUGGAUGGAAAAUGCUAAAAAUAUCCAGCAUUCCAAAAGACUUGUCAUUUUUCCUCUCUCGUGUGAUCUAAUUUUUUUUCCCUCUUUUUCUCUUCUGUUGUUCUCUGGAUACCUGACCGACAGGAUUAAAAAUGACUUAAAUUUCAAUCAGCUGUGGCAGGAGAGAAAGAAAGGAGGAUGAAAAAAGAGGAGUUUGUCCUCUGAAGAGAUUCAGCGGCACACAGCUGGUGAGAACGAGGGAGUGUUAGAUGGAGAAAGAGAAUUCAUGAGAGGGAGGGAAGAGGACAGGAGUCCGAAUAAGAGAGAAAGAGGGUCUUGUUUCGCUUUUGAGGAAGCCAGGAAUCGGAUCGUGGUUUCCUGCAGGACUACUCAACUGGAAAUGCUGGAAAAGCAGUCAUCCAUCCCCCCCUCCCAUCUACCCAUUUAUCUCUGUGCUGGAGAUGUUUUAUUGCCAUAAGGCAUAAAGACCUCAGAACUGGUAGCUCACUGGAAUCCAACAAUAAUAAAUAAUUAAAUCAAUUAAAAAAACAGACAAAUGGAACAAACAACUGAAGGAGUGAAUGCAUGAAAACAACAAUCAGAGGAAUUUGGAGCAGAACACAAACAAGGUCCAAAUUUGGAAUAAGGAAUAAACAGACUGACAGAAUGAGGGAGAGCGCUGAGGAGGCGGUGAGCGGGAAAAUGAGCACUUGAUCAUGGCAGGUGGAUGCAAAAGAGCAGGAAAAGAAGAUGGGAGGAAGAUAAAACCCGCACGAUCCAAGAAAUUAGAGGGAAGAACAGCAGGAAAGACUCAAAAGUGGAAAAAAAUGGAGAGAAUCCUCAAAUGCGUUUCGUGGAAAUGUGAAACUGCUGAAAGGCCCUAAGGCCAAAAUGUUUCACAGCAGGACCAUUUUAAAAAGGGAAGAACAUAUCCUAGUGCUUUCCAGAAGCCAAACUGGAGGAGAUACGAAUAGAAUUGAAUCAAGCCAGAAUCAAGCUAAAUCCUCAUGUUUGAGGUGUGUGCAUGGACACGGCAUUGACACACAAACACACAAGGACACUCUACCUUGACAAGGGAUAAGCACUUCAGCCUGGAUUACCAAACACACCUCUGAAACUUAAACACUUACAGAUAAACACUUGGGAAUGAGCUGCUAAUUGACCUGGGAUCAACACAGACAGAAAAGGUCUGUGGAUCCCUCCCCUAUCUACAAUGCAAGACUCCCCACCCCUUCAGCCAUUCAGAAAACCACAUCAUUCCCAUAGUUUAUGCCAUCCUCACAGAAAUACACAUGCACCAUCAUUCUCCUCUCAUCCAUCAAUCCAUUUGAAACAAAACCUUUUCAAGCCCUCUGAAGCAUUUCGGCGACCCUCUCCUUUUCUGUGGCCAAAGUUCACCAGCAGAUACUCACCACCCCAGGACACAUCCUCAACGACACUGCAACUGCCAUUACUGCACUGGCUGGCAUUGGUCACUUGUGCCUGCUUGCUGCCUGCUCUCUUUGGUCAGAUUCCAGGAGUCGUAGCUGGCGAGACGUGGGGCGUAGUCUCUGCAUGCCCCUUUCACUGCGUCUGCAGAAAUCUCUCUGAGUCUCUAAGUACACUUUGUGCAGAUAAAGGCCUUCUUUUUGUCCCACCAAAUAUUGAUCGUCGAACCGUCGAGCUUCGUCUCGCUGACAACUUCAUUCGAGAAGUGGGGGGAGUUGAUUUUGCCAACAUGACUGGACUGGUGGAUUUGACACUGUCCCGAAAUACCAUCAGUAACAUCCGGCCACUUGCAUUUUCAGAUCUGGAAAGUCUUCGUUCCUUGCACUUAGAUGGCAACCGACUCUCAGAGCUGGGCCCACGGGACUUAGUAGGCAUGCUAAACCUACAGCAUCUCAUUCUCAACAACAACCAACUCACCAACAUCUCCUCCGAGGCCUUUGACGACUUUUUAUUCACUCUAGAAGAUUUGGACCUAUCCUACAACAAUUUGCGCAAGGUUCCUUGGGAUGCUAUUCAGAGCAUGGCCAGUCUGCACACAUUAAAUCUAGAUCACAAUCUAAUUGACCAAAUCUCUGAGGGAACUUUUAGUGAGCUCUACAAACUAGCCCGAUUGGACAUGACCUCUAAUCGUUUACAAACUUUACCACCUGAUCCAUUGUUUGCUCGCUCCCAGACAGGAGUUAUUAGCCCGACACCCUACAAUGCCGUGAUCAACCUGAAUUUUGGGGGAAACCCAUUACACUGCAACUGUGAACUGCUUUGGUUGAGAAGGCUGAUCCGCAGUGAUGAUAUGGAAACAUGCGCUACACCCCUUCAUCUAGCGGGGCGUUACUUUUGGUCAAUCCCUGAGGAGGAAUUUGCUUGUGAGCCUCCACUUAUUACCCGGCAUACACACAAACUCUGGGUAUUGGAGGGUCAAAGAGCAACGCUCAAAUGUCGUGCUAUUGGAGAUCCAGAGCCAGUGAUCCACUGGGUCUCACCAGAUGAUCGUAUCAUUGGCAAUUCCAGUAGGACCACAUCUUUUCGAAAUGGCACACUUGAGCUAAUUGUGACUGUUGCUCGGGAUGAUGGGACAUACACUUGCAUUGCUAUCAAUGCUGCAGGUGAGGCCACCUCGCUUGUUGACCUGAAGGUGAUCCCUCUUCCUCAUCGUGGAAACGGAACAGUAUUGUUUGCUCGUGACCCAGGAUCAUCGGACAUUACUAGAGGGAAGACCUCCAGUGGGCAAAGUCCUGGCAUGGACUCUAGCAGUGACCCCCAAGAGGGACGAGAGGAUGGUCAGCCAGAGGGUGGAGAUGUAGUAAGCGAAGGGGUUGAGGAGCAGAUGGUUGGAGUACAAGGAGUGACAUCAACCUCAGCACAAGUGAUAUGGGAUAAGGGUCAUCUGAUGGCAGACAACCUGGUGUGGAUGUAUCAAAUACAGUACAACUGCACUGCAGAUGAGACACUUAUUUACAGGAUUCUACCCCCCACGAGUGACAGCUUCCUACUGAAAAACUUGGUCUCUGGCUCAGACUACAAUCUGUGCGUGCUAGCCAUUUAUGAUGACACAGUCACUUCCAUGGCCGCCACAAAGAUCCUUGGUUGCAGCCAGUUUAGCACCAAGGACAAUUAUCCAGACUGCCGGUCUCUUCAAGCCCAUUUCCUUGGCGGGACCCUUACAAUUCUGGUUGGUGGGAUUGUUGUGGUAACACUGCUGGUGUUUACAGUGGCACUGAUGGUACGCCACCGUGUGUGCAGUAACCAUGACAAUCAUCAUGAAAUAGGCGAAGAAGUGGGAUGCUCAGGAACAGACUCACCGCCUCUUCCUUCAAAAGGAGCCGAUGUCUUUUCUCAAAGUAAUGGAAAUGGGAAUGUGAUGAUGGUAGUGCUGCCUAAUGAGCUCAUUCAAAAACGAAAAGUGGCAGAGGGAGGGUUGGUUUCGCCGCCAAAAACAACUUCCAAAGUGAAACCAAAAACUCUCCCAAAGCCAAGAGUGAAUCUGGAGCAGUUCAGGACAGGACUAGAAGUUGAGGUCGGAUCUAUCAAGCCUCUUCCACCGUACACAAUGGAGAAAGAGCAAAUGUCAUUGUAUUACACCCCCAGUAAUUAUUCCCCCUCCACACUGCCACAUCAGUCACGUCAAUUAAUAGCAAAAUCACUCAAAUUUCGCCCUACCAACGUGGACACAAGUAAGAGGGCAAGUUUAAGCUUGGCUCCUCCCCCUACAUAUGGUCGUGACAGGCGGUCUAGUACAGGAGGGGGUGUUGUAGUCCGUCGGGGAGGUCAAGACAGCCAAUGGAACUCUUCAAUGGCCUAUCAGAGCCCUGCUCUUUCCCAUGAAAGAUCUCCUCAUAGCGCACUGCGUUACAAGAGAAGUUCUUCGUUUGAUAUGGGUGAAAUUGCAACAACAGCCUGCUAUAGUUAUGCCAAGAGACUUAGUGUAAUCUGGACCAAACGCAGCCAGUCAUUACAUGGCAUGCUUGUCCAAUGCACAUCAGCAACAAGCACCUCAACAACCAGCAGUGGCAGUGAAGAUUUCCACACGCAGCAUACACGCGGAUACAUCCGUGCCUACAACACCACCAACUCCAAUUCCAACCCUCCCAAAGCAGACGUUACAACUAAUUCAAAGAAACAGUUGCUGAAGGAUAAAGAAAAGGACAAGGAAAAGGGAGAAGAACUUGAGGAGAGCGUGGUGUAAUGAAAGAGAAGACAAAAGUAUCUAAAAGAAGAAAGGCUGUUAAGACCAUAAUGUGGAUGUAACAUAUUUUAAAGAAAAAAUGAUCUGAAAAGGGGUAAACGUUAUUGAAUGAGGGGGCUAAAGCCAAGGGGGGAAAUAGACUAAGCUGGUUAGGUCCCAGUUUUGUAAUGACUGUCUUGUUGGUUAAUUUGAAAGUGGUUUGGAGUACUUCCUGGUCAGCCUGAUAGACUGGACAAAUGAUCAGCUAAAGCAGGUGAAGACCAACUUGGCCAGCUGGAGAGAACAGGCAUAAGAUUUUUUUUAGAUCUUGUAUAAUAUUGAAUAUUGAUGGAUAUUUAAGUUCAGUUGAGAUUGAGAGAAACAGUGCUCUGAAACUAGGAGAAUCGCAAACUGUAUGUCUUUUAAAAUACAACAAAAACACUUUACUAAGACAAGCAGGGUCACAGAAACAGCCAUUACUAACUCACAUGAACCUCGGGGAAAUAUAACGGUUUGUUUUCCAGCUAUCACAUGGAUUACAGUCACACAGCCAGCACACGAAUGUGCCGACUCAUGCCCAAUCGGAAAUCAAUGGAUAAUGGCAACAAUAGUAUUACAUCAAACGUGCAAUGUAGAAGAUGCAAACUCUAAGAAAAAUGAUCAUGUAUAAAGGGAACAAUGAUGGCAUGAUUUGAACACUUUUAGAGCAUAAAUGAUCAAUGACUGACAAUUGAUAUUUUGUGUGUGAGUCUGUACUGUAUGUGUGUUUAUUUGUUUGUAAGUGUGUAGGUGAGUGAGUGGAUUAUCGCACAAAAAAGUAAUCAGAAGUAAUUUUAUGACACCACUGGACCUACUGUACCAUGUGAUCACCAUCAUCAAAUACAGUAAUGUGUUUUGAACAGGGAGAUUAUUAUGUUGGCGGAAGGAAGCCGGAUGAUUAUAGAGAGAAAAAUGAAUAAAAAUGCCAU